UAACAAUCAACCCAACCAAACCUACUGUUCAUCGUCCCAAUUUGAAGGUACGGUUCAUCUCUCUCUCUCUCUCUCUCUCUCUCUCUCAUCAAUGGCGGGGUCGUACCCGUCUCUCCGAUCGUCGACACCGUCGUCGCAAAGCUCAUUCGCGUCGAGGCUGCUGCUUCUACUGACUGUGCUACCCCUAACUCUGGCGGCCUUCGCCUUCGUCCUCCAAUGGCGCGGCGGCGGCGUGGACUUCGAUCCGGUUUCCCGCUGGUCCCCGCAGGACUCCCACAAAUUUCCCGGUAUGGACUCCUCCCCUCUCCCCACCGUCGGCCAUUCAUUCUCCUCUUCCGACUGUUCCCUCCUCGGCCACAGUUCUUCCCCCACUUUCCCCUACUAUCGCGAUUGGAAGUUCAAUUUCGAGUCUCAUCUCAAACCCAAGAUAUGCAUCACGACGAGCACCUCAGCAGGCUUAGAGCAGAUUCUACCAUGGAUGUUCUAUCAUAAAGUAAUUGGUGUUACUACCUUCUUUCUUUUUGUGGAAGGAAAGGCUGCCUCUCCUAGUGUGUCGAAAGUCCUGGAAUCUAUUCCUGGAGUAAAAGUAAUAUACAGAACAAGAGAGCUAGAAGAACAACAGGCUAAGAGUCGGAUCUGGAACGAGACGUGGUUGUCAAGUUUCUUUUAUAAACCAUGCAACUAUGAGCUUUUCGUGAAGCAAUCUCUCAAUAUGGAGAUGGCUAUUGUAAUGGCAAGGAAUUCUGGCGUGGACUGGAUAAUUCAUCUUGAUACUGAUGAAUUAAUACACCCAGCUGGUGCUCGGGAGUAUUCUUUGAGGCAGUUGCUGCUUGAUGUGCCUGGUAAUGUUGAUAUGGUGGUCUUCCCAAAUUAUGAGAGUAGCGUUGAACGAGAUGAUAUCAAGGAACCUUUCACGGAGGUAUCAAUGUUCAAGAAGAACUAUGACCAUCUUCCGAAGGAGACCUACUUUGGAAUGUACAAAGAAUCAACGCGUGGGAACCCAAAUUACUUUUUGACAUAUGGAAAUGGGAAAGCAGCUGCUAGAAUACAGGAUCAUCUUCGGCCCAAUGGUGCACACAGAUGGCACAAUUAUAUGAAAACACCGAAUGAGAUCCGACUUGAAGAGGCUGCUGUUCUACAUUACACGUAUGCCAAGUUCUCAGAUUUGACUUCUAGACGGGACAGAUGUGGCUGCAAACCAACAAAGGAGGAUGUCAAGAGAUGCUUCAUGUUGGAAUUUGACAGAGCUGCCUUCAUAAUUGCUUCAACUGCAACAGAGGAGGAAAUGCUAGCCUGGUACCGUGAACACGUUGUGUGGACUGAUAAAGCAGUAAACACCAAACUAUUGAGGAAAGGCAUUUUAACUCGCAUAUAUGCUCCGAUGGCCAUCAUUCAGGGUUUGAGGGAAUCUGGUGUUUUCAGCUCCGUUAUUUCAUCGGCCCCAACAAGUCUCUCAAAAGAUAAGUUCCUAGCAUCUAUCGAGAGCUCGAACUCAUCCAGGGCUGCUGCCUCUCAAUCACUUCCCUCAAGGAAGAUGGGUAGAAGCAGUGAAUCUCAUGCAACUGCUAGGAAGGUUUUAGAAACCGCAGCCACUGUCUUGCAUGAAGUAGCUGUGCCACCAUUGUCGCCGCCAGGCAUGGACGAUGACUUUGUAUUUGAGGCAUAAAUAUAUGUUACUUGCAUUAUAGUUUUACUAUGUUUUCCUGAGUAUAUGCAGUGGUCGGGAUGAAAUGAGAGGAGAAUUGGGUUUUGGAGGGGGGGAGAGAUUAGAGAGGAAGAGGCUUACAGCUUGGUGUGGAGUGGAACAUAUUGGUUUCAAUUGUUUAUGUACAUAAAAAUAGCAUCAAGAUUUGCAGUACUACUGCCAGUUCAUUUCA